CACUGUCGAUGUUAGGUAUUUUUCCAAAAUACCCUAUUUCUCAUCAAUGUCAUAAAGGUGGACGAAUAAUACGAGUAACCUUAGGUGUAUCUAUGUGAAAUUAACCAUCAGUUAGUUAUAUUCAGAUGUUGUCCAUACUGAAGAUUCCAUUCGACUUAAAAAAGUUUCUGACAAGAAUACGACCAGUUCAGUAUUCGGUACAUAGAUGGAUGCACCCUCCUCAAACAAAUAAGAUCAAAUAUAAAGCCUACCUGCUUACCUCCCAAAACAUUUAUGAAAACCUUGCAUUUGAAAACUGGCUGUACUCGAAUGAAAACUUCGGUGAUGUCAAUCUGAUGCUGUUGUGGCGCAGUAAACCUUGUGUUGUCAUUGGACGGCAUCAGAAUCCGUGGGUAGAAUGCGAUGUCUAUCAAGCGAAUAAACGGAAAAUUGAUAUCGCUCGACGCUACAGUGGAGGCGGCACUGUCUUCCAUGAUCUCGGGAACCUCAACUGUUCGUUUUUCACCUCCCGUUCUGACUAUGAUAGAACCCAGAAUUCCCAGUUGAUCGUUGAUGCUCUUAAGAAGAAUUGGGAUUUGGAUGUGGGCGUUGCUUCAGUAAGAGAUGAUAUAUUUUUAGAAUCAUUCUACAAGAUAUCUGGCUCUUCCUCGAAACUUGGCCCGUCCGUAGCUUAUCAUCAUUGUACAUUGCUAUUCGACGUUGAUAAAGAUCUACUUUCUAGUAUUCUGCAUACGAAUUUGCUUGGCCUCAAAAGCAAUGCAACGGAAAGUGUCCGCUCCAGGGUGAAGAACUUAUCGGAGGUCAAUCAAGGUCUAACCUAUGAGAGUCUCACACGGGCAAUUGGUGAAGUUUAUCUUGGACAAGGAGCACACAAUGACACAGUACUGGAAGUGGUCGACCCUACCUCAGAAACCCUUUUCCCGGGCAUCGGAAAAAUGUCAGAUGAGCUAAAGACGUGGUCAAUGAUUUAUGAGAGGACUCCAAAAUUCAGCGUAGGACGAACAUUUUCUCAGAAGAUGUCAAACCAAUCUCAAACAUUGAAACUUCAUUUAGAAGUGGAAAAGGGACUUGUAAAGAGUGUGGAACUUCAUAUGGACAGAACUGAGGCCGUAAAACUCUGGUUUGCUGAGUUAGAAUCUCAGCUAGUUGGUUCCGUGUUUCUGUGGGACGCAAUUGAACAUAAGUUACGGAAUUCUCUGUCUGCGGAAGGAGUCGAUCAGGACUAUGUCUCAUGGGUGAUAGAAUGUAUACAAAGGCUUUUUACACUGAGAUGAUAAAUAAUAGUGAUUCAAGUAUUAUUGCACAGUUAAUUCUCAC